GCAGUGCAGUAUAAUGGGAGCGCAAGCAACCCAGAGCGCCUCAUAGGGGGGCUGCAUAUCGCUGCUGUAUCCUCUGCCUGGCGCUCGCUCUCGCACUCGCUCUCCCUCUCUCCGUCUCUCCAGCACCUCAGCCCCACAGCCCAUGCCCGGGCGCCCCCCCCUCCUCACUGGAUCCGUACCCUUCGACAUGGAUGUCCCGCCGUCCCUCGACCCGGAGGAUUGUUGCUUCUUGGCGCAGUGAAGGAGGAGAAGGGGAAGGGAGAAAGGAAUCAUGCCGGGACUGCUAAUGGAUUUAGGGAAAGCGCAAGUGACCAUGCCGUGAUCUUGCGCAUCCAGGGCCGCCGUCACCCUGCCUUGCCCAGCGACCGUAGAAGAAUUCCGGGGGAAUCGAACCCGCGCACCGGGUGGAUUAAAAAAACCACUGUGCAUUUUUUUAAAAACAACAUGAAGAUUACCUCCCACCAUCUGAUGAUAACCAGUCUCGAUUUCAGGUCCAACCUCAGGCUGAUCCCGCUUCUGCUGCUGUUUCUUGGUUACUCUCGCGGGAUGCCACACGUUUUAAGAUUUGGAGGAAUAUUUGAAUCCAUUGAGAGCGGCCCCUCUGGAGCAGAGGAACUAGCCUUUAAAUUUGCCUUGAACACAAUCAACAGGAACCGCACCUUGCUCCCCAACACUACGCUGACCUAUGACAUCCAGAGAAUAAACAUCUUCGACAGCUUCGAGGCCUCCAGGAAAGCAUGUGAUCAGCUUUCUCUCGGGGUGGCGGCCAUUUUUGGCCCCUCACACAGCUCGUCAGCCAAUGCCGUCCAGUCCAUAUGCAACGCUUUGGGAGUGCCCCACAUCCAGACCAAGUGGAAGCAUCAAGUGUCCGACAACAGGGACUCGUACUAUGUCAGCCUGUACCCCGACUUCUCCUCCCUCAGCAGAGCCAUCCUCGACCUGGUGCACUUCUUCAAGUGGAGAACCGUCACUGUGGUGUAUGACGACAGCACAGGUACAGGUCUCAUUCGACUGCAGGAGCUGAUCAAGGCACCGUCACGAUACAACAUUCGUUUGAAGAUCCGACAGCUGCCCACAGAGACCAAGGACGCCAAGCCACUUCUGAAGGAGAUGAAGAAGGCAAAGGAGUUCCAUGUCAUCUUUGAUUGUGGACAUGAGAUGGCUGCCUGGAUCCUAAAGCAGGCACUGGCCAUGGGUAUGAUGACUGAGUACUACCAUUAUAUUUUUACCACCCUGGACCUUUUUGCCCUCGACAUGGAACCGUAUCGUUACAGUGGAGUCAACAUGACGGGGUUCCGCAUCCUCAACACAGAAAACACUCAGGUGUCGUCGAUCAUCGAGAAGUGGUCAAUGGAGCGCCUACAAGCCCCGCCCAAACCGGACUCAGGCCUGCUGGAUGGAUUCAUGACGACGGACGCGGCGCUGAUGUACGACGCCGUGCACGUGGUGGCCGUGGCAGUGCAGCAGUCGCAGCAGAUCACCGUCAGCUCUCUGCAGUGCAACCGCCACAAGCCGUGGCGCUUCGGGGGCCGUUUCAUCAGCCUCAUCAAAGAGGCUCACUGGGACGGUUUGACCGGACGUGUUCUCUUCAACAAGACCAAUGGGCUGAGGACAGAUUUCGACCUGGACGUCAUCAGUCUGAAGGAGGAGGGGCUGGAGAAGAUUGGAACAUGGGAUCCUCCCAGCGGCCUAAAUAUGACAGAGACUCACAAAAGCAAGACGUCCAACAUCACAGAUUCUCUGGCUAACAAAUCCCUGCGUGUAUCCACCAUCCUGGAGGAGCCCUAUGUGAUGUUUAAGAAGUCAGACAAGCCUCUGUAUGGGAACGACCGCUUCGAGGGCUACUGCAUCGACUUGCUGAGGGAGCUCUCGGGCAUCCUCGGGUUCCGCUACGAGGUGCGAUUAGUGGAAGACGGGAGGUACGGGGCACUGGACGAGAGCACGGGUCAAUGGAACGGCAUGGUGCGGGAGCUCAUGGACCACAAAGCGGACCUGGCGGUGGCUCCUCUGGCCAUCACCUACGUCAGAGAGAAGGUCAUCGACUUCUCGAAGCCCUUCAUGACACUGGGAAUAAGUAUCCUGUACCGCAAGCCCAACGGCACCAACCCCGGAGUCUUCUCCUUCCUCAAUCCCCUCUCGCCCGAUAUCUGGAUGUAUAUUCUGCUGGCUUGCUUGGGUGUCAGUUGUGUGCUGUUUGUCAUAGCCAGGUUUAGCCCUUAUGAGUGGUACAACCCGCAUCCAUGCAACCCAGACUCGGAUGUAGUGGAAAACAAUUUUACGCUUCUCAAUAGUUUCUGGUUUGGAGUUGGGGCUCUCAUGCAGCAAGGCUCAGAGCUCAUGCCCAAGGCCCUGUCGACUCGAAUAGUGGGAGGCAUCUGGUGGUUCUUCACCCUCAUCAUCAUUUCUUCAUACACGGCCAACUUGGCCGCCUUCCUCACUGUGGAGAGGAUGGAGUCGCCCAUAGACUCCGCCGAUGACCUGGCCAAGCAGACUAAAAUCCUGUACGGGGUGGUGGAGGACGGCGCCACUAUGACCUUCUUCAAGAAAACGAAAAUCUCCACCUAUGACAAGAUGUGGGAGUUCAUGAACAGCAGGAGGCAAUCUGUGAUGGUCAAGAACGUGGAGGAGGGCAUCCAGCGCGUCCUGACCUCGGACUAUGCCUUCCUCAUGGAGAGCACCACCAUUGAGUUCGUCACCCAGCGCAACUGCAACCUCACACAGAUCGGAGGCCUCAUAGACUCCAAAGCCUACGGAGUGGGAACACCUAUGGGCUCUCCGUACCGGGACAAGAUCACGAUAGCCAUUCUGCAGCUGCAGGAGGAAGGGAAGCUGCACAUGAUGAAGGAGAAGUGGUGGAGAGGGAACGGCUGUCCCGAGGAGGAGAGCAAAGAGGCCAGCGCUCUGGGGGUGCAGAACAUCGGCGGGAUCUUCAUCGUGCUGGCUGCGGGACUGGUGCUGUCAGUGUUUGUGGCCGUGGGGGAGGUCCUUUAUAAGUCCAAACAGAACGCCCAGCUGGAGAAGCGUUCGUUCUGCAGCGCCAUGAUGGACGAGCUGCGCGUGUCUCUGAAGUGCCAACGGCGCCUCAAACAGAAGCCUCAGCCGCCCGUCAUCGUUAAGACAGAGGAGGUCAUUAACAUGCACACGUUCAACGACAGGAGACUCCCAGGAAAGGAAACCAUGGCAUGAACACUGAGCAUAAACCACCACCAACCCCCCUCCCCCGAACACGCCCCUCGAUUAAAACCACGGAGAGGGCGACGGCGGGGUCAAAUUGAUGCUGACUCAGCCACAGACUGAGGUUAGCCGUCCAAAACAGGAUUCUUUUGAACCCACUUGCUUAUGUAGACAGAUGUUUCCUGUGGAAAUAUAGAUACCUGAGCAGUGUCACCUCACUGUGACGUUCACUUUUUCGAAGAGAGCUGGAGGGGAAGGACUCAAGUGUAUGUAAUAUGAAAAAGAUUAUCCAAGCAGGUUGGGACAAAACACAAGUCUGGUCCACACUAGAAAGUGGACUUAAAAACACACACAUAACACAUAUAGGUACACGCAAACACACACACAUACACACUCUCAUCUGAGGGAAAAUUCUAUUGUGACAGUAACACCAGAUGUAGUUUUUUCUGUUGAUGUCAAUGCCCUUUUGUCUUACCUCCAUGUGUGUGUGACCCCAUCGGCCCCUCCCCUCCAGUGGCUUGAGUUUCUUUCAAACGAUUCGAACAAACACUGAUCUCACACCAGACAGAAAGGGGAACGGUAGUCAGUGCCAAAUGGUUUGCUAUGAACUGCUGUAUAAAAAGUGAUAUUUUAGUUUGGGAUCAUCGAUGCUGACCUUGUUGAACGCCUAUCAUUUUCUUCUGUAAUGCCUUUCUCGUGCCAAAGUUCUGCCAUUGUGAAGAACUUUCUGCCAUGCCUCCUCUGUUCAAAGCCUCUACAAGCAAUGUAUCCUGUCAAAGUCCUUCUUCAUGUCCGUCCUUUCACGCAGUUGCAAUUGUCACUCUGUACCAGUUGUUGUUUAAAAAUGCAGGAUUUCUACAAAAAUGUUUGUUUUUGUACAAGAACAAGAAGUUUUGUAGUACUUUGUAUCAUGGUAGCCCCCUCCUGUGGACAAAAUAUGUAGCAGAUACCAACUGAGCCCUCAAACUGUGUCAACUGUUGGCCGUGGGGCUUCAAACUCUGCUGUGUAGGGUUCAUCUCUCUCAUCAAUCAGAGAUUCAGUCUUUUGUCUGUCGGUAUCGUGGGGCCAGCUGUACAUACUGUCUGGGGACAAUGUGGUGCGUGAGAACAAUGAAACCUGUGUAUCAAGUGGUGCUGAAAGUAGGAAGAGGUAGUGACUCAUUCUAGACAUCUGAGCGGUUCGUCUGUUGGCAGAAAGUCCGACUGACGGCAAGUGUGUUCGACGAUUGGUAGAUAGGAUGAGUCACCAUGAAAGACGUAGUAAAACAUGCAGAUUGCUUGUUGCUUGUGUUAAAGAUGAGUAUAACUCUCGUUGCCAGGCUACAAUGCUGUUACCAGACUGUGAUUUAGCCGUAGUAGACUGCAAAAACUAGUAAAUAAAGACUACUGUGAAGUCCUCAAAGUUUUACUUAAAGGGAAACUUUGGUUUUCCUCCACCUCGACCCUUUUUCCCACUGUUUGAGUGACUAAUGGGGACAACAAUUUCUGAGUGAGACCACUGCAGCCGGUGGCUGCUAAAAAGGCUGCGAUGUCUCUAACACAGUGAAUUAUUUCAACCAAACCAGAGUCGAUGAUUUUUGGAGGAUUUGGGGUUUUUUUUAAUUUAUUUCUUUUUUCUUUUUUUUUUUUCUUUUGCCAUAUUUGAAUGAGGUUUGUUUUGAAACAGUAAAGAUGCAAAUGGAGUUUGGUCGCUUUGGUGUGCAGCUGUUUUUGGUUACACAAAAAGGAUAAUAUUCUUCAAUUUGAGAGAGGUCUAUCUCGACAGGCAACUAUUCUAAUAUGUUAUCAUACUGUCAGCUGCAGCUGGUUAGCUCAGUUAGCCAUGCAGCUAGCAGUACGGACUUGGAAUUCAGAGCAGCGGGGGAGUCUUGGUGUUUCCAUCAAUAACUCGGUACCUUUGGAACAGCAUGAGACAUAAAACACAAAACACAGAUGCCAUAACAUCAAAAUUGUUUGCACUUGACGUUCUUUUGAUAGUUGUAGUUCAUUUUUGAAUGGAUGGAUUUUGUUGGUUCACAGUUGCCCCCUAAGGGAUUUUAUUGUAGCCCGUUUGUGGCUUCAUCGCUCUUGCUCGAUAUUGGACCAAAUUUUAUUUUUUUUAAAUUGUCUUCCCUUUGAAUCACUUAUACACAAAUCUUGGGAAAAUAGGGUCAGUUGGAAAAUGCAAGAAGUACCCUCUCACCAGAAUACGGCGAACUCUUACACUAGAAGAAGUAAACUCGAUUGAAGAUAAUGAUGGAAACUAGUUCAUUUGAUAGAUUGAAAUCUUUGCAUUGAGGACGGCCCGUUUAAAUUAAUAUUCAGCUUUGAAGAAAUCAAUAAAAACACAAGAUCCAUUAAGUGGCUGGAGUUGUCGAUCACAUCUUCUUCAGUCAACUUCUCACUGUGAACUUUGAAGCCAACAGUGGAUGAAAGUUCUUGUAAAAAAAAGGCAAACUCUUAAGUUUUGAACCUCAGCAGUGGGCGACUUGUGAAUGUAAGUGCAGUUGCAGUAAAUCUGACGGGGGGGAAUAAUCAGCAGCUUCGGGGUUAAAUGUUUCACCUUUGGGUUUGCUCCUCUCUCGCAGCCGGAGCAGACGAUUCAUCAGCUAAUUGUCUCCAGAUGUGUUUUUCUCUUCGUGAUCGCAUUUGGCCCCACGACACAUCCUGUCUGUUGUUCCAUGUUGUGAAAUGACAAGCAUACUUGGUAGGUUACUUCUUCACUGCCCCUGUCUUCCCACCCGGUGACUCAUUUGACCCGUUCAUAAAGGGAUUUCAGAGACAGCACACACACACACACACACACACACACGGGGCCUGGCUCUGGUGCUGAAAUCUCUGCUGUACAUGUGUGGAUACUAGUUAACAACUUAUUUUAAAAAAAAAAAAAAAAAAAAAA